UUACGUCACUCUUAUCUUCGUUCUAGUUUGUUCAAUUUCGUAUGCCUUGCAAUUUUGCAAGCAGCAAACAGCUCUAUAAAAUUGUGAUUUCUAUAAGAAAUCAAUUCUAACGCAAGCAAAACUACAAGACCAAGAUGGCCGCGAUUUCUGCAGUAAAAUACGCAAAGCUGAAGACACUCAAGAAAAUUUUAUGCGCGAGUGUAUUUCUUACCGAAUACGGUGGGGCCGAGGCUCGUACCUACUUAGAAGAGCAAGUUGGACCUGGUUACUCGAUUAGCUAUUGGAACUUAAAUGAGAACCCAAUUACCAAAGAAAAUUACAACGAUAGUCAUCCCUUGAAAACCUGUGACAUAUUACUUGGCGAUACUUUUCUGGGCGAAAAAUAUGCUCGUUUUUUGAAGGAGAGCUCUGUGAAAUGGCUUCAUUCUUCAAGUGCAGGAGUCGAUAAAUUGACAGGAAUCAAUGAUUUUAAGGACUACUUGGAAGAUGUUGGAUUUGAAAAUGCACUUGUGAUUACUCGCACUAGCUACGUAGAGUCCAUGGUCGUAUACUGUCUGGCACAAAUUUGUUCUCACCAACAUGGUCUGGAUGUAUACAGGCAACAAGAGGCACAAAAUCUGUGGAAGAAGACUAUGAAAGUAAGACCCCUCUCCUCCAAAGUGGUGGGCAUAUUGGGAGUGGGUGAUGUGGGUGGGUCAAUAGCGGCUGCUUGCAAACAGGCACUCAACAUGCGAUGUGUGGGCUACUCCAGUAGAACUACCCAGAAAGAGAAUUUCGAUCACAUCUACACAAACGAUUUAGACUCCCUCCUAGCCGAAUGCGACUUCGUCGUAAAUACAUUACCAUCGUCACCCGCCACAAAACAUCUGCUUUCUGGUGAUCGACUUAAAAGCGCAGCCGGAAAAUCCCCGGUUUUCAUUAACGUCGGCAGGGGUUCCAUUAUCGACGAGGACUCUAUAAUACGUGCUGUGGACUCAAACUGGAUUAGUCAUGCAGUGCUAGAUGUUGUAGAAGUAGAACCCCUUCCCGCUGAUAGCAAAUUAUGGGGGAACCCGAAAGUGACUAUAACUCCUCAUAUAUCAGGGGGACCAGUGGCGGAAAUUACUUACCCGUUUGUGGUGGAUUCGUUUGUAGCAAAUUUGAAACUGCUAAAGGAAGACAAACCGUUGCAACUAGUUGUUGAUUACGAAAAAGGAUACUAACAAACAAUAAACUAGUAGAACUUUAACAUUUUAAAACUUGAGCAGCUGUUAUAUGCGCUCACUUACGUAUCUGACAUCAUAAGGAAAAACUAGUGUAGCCAGUAUUUGCUUCCUAUUACCACAAGAGUUUCAGACUACUAUUUAACUUCUUGCAUUUUUUUGUGAGACGGACGGAAGACGAUGAAAAAAUUUCACGAUUUAUCUUUUGCAGCAAAUACUUGUUGUUAAUUAAUGCAGUUUUUAAAUAAUGUUG